AACUCAAAUUUAUUCAGGACAUACCGAAUAACAUAGAAAGUAUAGUAAUUAGGAGUACAUUACGUCUUUUUUAAUGACCCAUUUUCCUUUGGCAGAGAACCAGAAACUUUUGACUAAAAAUUGAAACUCCAUUGCACGGCACGUCGUGCGUUCAUUUAUGUCCUCCCAAUUUCUAACUACUUUUACAUAUUUUCUCAUCUACUACCAAAAAAGGACGAAUAAACGAUAAAAGCACCCAUCUCAUGAUUGAUUAUUUAUCCUUCUAAGCUUUCUUCACAUUUCAUCACAUACUUCGUUGAAUCACGGAACCUCAAAACGACAAUGUCGUCAUCACCACCAACUAACAAACCCAAAAUCCCUCUUCCUUGGAAAACCCGCGUUGCGAUUUCGUUCCUUUCCGCUCUAUCGGACGCUUCACGUCGUUCUAACGGCACCGUUAAUCGCGGUUUCCUCAAAUUCCUCGAUCGCAAAUGCUCAGCAAACAUUACUCCCGUUAACGGCGUUUUCACAAAAGACGUAACCGUUGAUCCCGAACGUAACAUCUGGUUCCGUCUCUUCACUCCCACCGACGCCGUAACUGUCGACGGAGGCGACGCUGACGAUAAAACUGCAUCCCUUCCCGUCGUCAUUUUCUUCCACGGCGGCGGUUUUACGUAUCUUUCUCCAGCUUCAGCCUCAUAUGACGCCGUUUGUCGGAGAUUCUGCCGGAAAAUGUCCGUUGUCGUUGUCUCCGUCAACUAUCGUCUCACACCGGAGCAUCGUUACCCGUCGCAAUACGACGAUGGUGAAGAGGUAUUAAAAUUCCUUGACGAGAACAAAACCGUUUUACCGGAAAAUGCUGACGUGUCAAAAUGUUUCCUCGCCGGAGACAGCGCCGGUGCAAAUUUAGCACACCACGUUGCGGUUCGGGUAUGUAAAGCGGGGCUCCAAAACAUCCAGGUAGUCGGGCUGAUUUCGAUCCAACCGUUUUUUGGAGGGGAGGAGCGGACAGAGUCGGAGGUUCGACUUGAAGGAUCGCCUCUAGUGUCGAUGGCGAGGACUGAUUGGAUGUGGAAGGUGUUUUUGCCGGAGGGAUCAGAUCGGGAUCAUGGAGCUGCUAAUGUUAGCGGGCCGAAUUCAGAGGAUUUGUCGGGUUUGGAUUUUCCAGAUACUCUUAUUUUUGUGGGCGGGUUUGACCCGUUAAAUGAUUGGCAAAAGAGGUAUUACGAUUGGUUGAGAAAAAAUGGGAAAGAAGUUCAGAUAAUCGAAUAUCCAAACAUGAUUCAUGCUUUUUAUGUUUUCCCUGAUUUGCCCGAGUCUUCUCAGUUGAUUUCGCAAGUCAAGGAUUUUAUCAACAAGAAGAGAGUCUCCAAUUCAAAAUGAUGACGAUGACGCCUACUUACAAUAUUUAUUAUUGUUAUUAUUAUGCCUUAAAUAAAUAAUAAUCUUAUUAUUUUGAUAUUAAUUAAUUUGUGAUAAUAAAGGCAUAAUUACGUGGUAAUUGAGUUGUGAUCGUGUAAUGAUUAAUUUAUUAGUAUACCAGAGCUAGCCAAUUACAAGCAAUGCUACAUGUUUGGUGUCCCAACACUGCAAAUAAGGGACCAACCACCCUAUAGUAUGUUUGAGAGGUUAUUAUUGUGAGUGAUUUUCAUUUCCACGACAUUUAUUUAUUGUUCUCGUUUUGUUUAUUGUAUCGAGUAGUUGAUUAUGGAUUGGAAUUACUCCUGGUUAAUAUACAUGACAAGUCUUCCUGGAAGCCUAAUAUUAUUAAGCAUUAGUUAAUAUUCAGACGAAUAAGGAUUAUUCAAUUUAGACACAUGUCAUACUUGGUGACG